AUGUUCUACUCGCACCAGCUCCUCGCGAGGAAGGCGCCUCUCGGGCAGAUAUGGUGACUUCUCUGCCCUUGCUGCGUUCUUCGAUCGAUCUACUGAAAGUAUCCUAGGGGAGAUGAAGAUGACGGCGGGGUUUCAGGAUGGCGGCGACGAUGCACGCGAGGAUAAAUCGUAGGAAGCUAAGCAAGCUCAAUAUCAUCAAGAUUUGGUGAGCUCCACCCUCACACUGCUGCUCUGCUUCGUCUCCUCUGUCCGUGUUCAUAUCUCUGCUUGUCUCUGUUGAUGUUGUUUAUGCUCCUCGUCUUGCUUCUGGCCUUUCGCAGUGAGGAGAUACUGAACCCUUCCGUUCCGAUGGCCCUCAGACUCUCCGGAAUACUCAUGGGUGAGAUGGCCUCUCUCUCUCUCUCUCUCUCUCGUUUGCAUCAUUCCACUUGAACUGUCUCUUCUCUCUUCUACUAUCUCAGGAGGCGUAGUGAUUGUUUACGAGAGGAAGGUUAAGCUUCUCUACGGUUCGCUUCCGCUAAGCUUCACACUCAAGUUUUACAACCUGAUCCGAGAAUUGCAGUUACUAACGCGAUUUUCUUCGUGCUGUUGUCCGCAGAUGACGUCUCGCGUCUUCUGGUGAAUCUCCUAGGCAGCCAGCCCCGCUCAGUUCUUAGAUGUUUCAAUUCCGUUGCAAUUUUUUGUUCCGCUGCUUUCUCGUAGCUCCGUUGUUUUCGCUAGCAUUCAUCUCUUUCUCCACUCAGAACUGUUCUUAGAGCUGCUAAUUCCUCAGGUGGAGAUCAACGAAGCAUGGAAGGUGAAGUCCGUCUCAGAUCCCACCGUCCUCCCCAGGGGGAAAACCCAAGCUAGGUACCUUCCAAACCACAUUCCCCCAUCAGAUUUCCAUGUUUCGAUCCAUCCACACAAUUGAGGAACGCCGGAAACGGUACCUCCAUGCCUUGCAACGAUCUACCGGAAACAUCCGGAAAUGCGGGGGACUCCGUAGUCGGCUCGAUCGACGUGAUCCUCUCGCAAUGUAUCGGUGAUUCUGCUCUAGGGUGGAGUGGAAUUAGCAGUCUGCCGAUCGACGCCGCAGACGGUGCUCUGCGUUUCUCCUCCCUCGACCUUGGUCCUCCUUGAGCGCGGCAUCAUCGCCCAUGGAGAUUUGAUGGCGACGCUCUCGCUCGCAGGUACGAGGCCGUUACGCUGCCAGACAACGACGACUUGGAAAUCGAGCGCUCCAUGUCCUUCGCGACGGAGGGAUUCCCCCAGAAGGGUUUUCGCAUGGUAUUUAUAUUUGCUACUUGUCCGAUCCAUUCAAAGGGGAAAACUCCACCGAAAACUCAGUACUUUCUAUAUAUCCUCUCUCAGUUCAUGAAAUGAACGGCUGUGAUUUCUUUACUAAAUUGGUAGGAUCGUAGAUAUCCGCUUCCACGUGUCAUAAUCAGGAGCAUCCACGUGGUAUAUUGGAUGGAACUCACGAGGUUGGAUGCCUAACAAUAUUUAUAUCCACUUCGAAUGCAGCAACUGGACGACUUGGAAGAACAUUACAUCAACGUCGACCCUGGCGAUGGCGGUUCUUCCGAGCAGCUCCACCAAGGUCACUCGACGCGUCAAAUUUGGAAGAAUUGUUCGAUCAAAGAACGCUUCGUUAUCGACUAACCUAGAUCAUUUUUUUUUUCUCUGAAUCUUGCAGCUGAUGCAGCGAACAUCACCUUGCUUGACGAUCUCGAUUCAUUGUACGAGCAGGGGGAUGUUCACAGGAGAUUCGAGAGGUGAUCUAGGAAUCUUUGUGUAAUUUCUGAGGCUAGAGACAGUUUAUUCAUGAUCCAGAUCACUGCUCUGCUCUCCGCACCUCGACAGGUUCGAUAUCGAAGGAGAUGACGAUACACAGAUCAGCAUUACUCCGAUGGACGAGAGAACAGCGGAUCCGACCACCCUCCGAAGUUACUCCCCGCCGUCUGCGCAUCCCUCAGGAGGAGCUGAUGGAACAGGGGAUCACUGCGUGGAAGAGCCGGGAAAUCUCCCUGCGGAGGGACGGCAGACCGGACAGCGCGAAAUCGAGUCUCCGGGGGUAGCGCAAACCUCUUAGUUUUACCUCUUUGGAAGUUGAUUGAUAGAGCACAGAAAGUGAGGAAGCUUCUCCAGGUUUAACUCGUAGCUUUGUAACAGUCCCGUGAAGAUCCAAACAAGCGUCGGCCAGCCAAGCGGAAGGAGAGGUCUCAAUUUCCUCGACUCGCCAUGGAUAAUGGCCUUCUCAUCAUUCAAGCGGAUACCUACCAGACCUGGCUCCAUGAUACGUCCGACAUCCUCUCGAAGAGGCCGAGGCAGACGAAGGUUUCUCGCACUAAACCCAUACCUCCUGGGUGUUAAUCGUCCUACUAUUUUGUCAUCUUGCUCUUUUUCCACUCAUCCGUGUGAUUAACAUAAUCUUGCAGCAGAAUAAUCCCAUUGCUUCGAUGAAGAUAAGCAACCUCAUGGAUCUCCCUCCCGUGGCUCUCAUGUCAGGUUUAGAUAAAACUACUCGUCAAAUACAUUACCCUGAGCCGCUUCUGAGUCUGUGGAAGAGAUGCUCAGAGGAUGAGAAGAAUUCCCCUCGUAGCAGAUCUCCAGGUAUACGAAUUUUCCCAACUGUGAUACCUUCUUUGACUCAAAUACGAAGAGCUAAGAGGAAAGAGUAUACAACCCUUUUUUUCGUGGUUCAGAGGGAGGACCACCACACAGGCCAGGAGAUACACCGUCACACUCGAGAACGGGAGGAUUAGUUUCUCAGGAUGUUGUUAGAUCUGUUUACCCCUUAUUAUUGUAAGAAAUCUCUUGCUAUCGGGAAAAUGGGAUUUUCUUACAUCUGAUUCUUCUAUGCGAAGGGUUUCGAGGAUCUUGGCAACGAAACGGGGUCUCGGACAUUCGAUGCCUCCAUUGAGAAACUGAGAGCCAACCUGGGGAAUAUGGACUUCCAAGGAGUUGGGGAGACGCUUGCAACGGAUGUGUUUGCCACUCCAGGCAGCCCUGGUAAAAAUAAACCUACAUUUUCUACGCGCAGUUCCCAGAGUUGGUGAUAUUGAUGUAAAACAACGAGGGACGUUGACUUUGACUCUGCAGGACCGAGUGCUAGAUCUGCCCCAGGCUCUGGUUCAAGGCACAGUUUUCUUCCCCUGGAACCAGAAAUCCGACUUGCUUCUGGAAGGUCAGUAAAGAUUUAGGAUUUCUUUUGGCAAAGAUUAUUUUAUAAAGCUAUAAUAACAUCAGAGUAAAACCAAAUAUUUCAUUGUACAUACUAAUUCGGGGUGUAAAUAGCAGCAUAGACCCUCGAGUCUAAUAUGUUAUAAUUUUGGAUCUCAAGAUAUUCUAUCGUGAAAAAUAUGAUCUUGCCUGUUCAGUGCAGAACUUAAAUAUGAGUUGACUUUGGAACAGAGAAUUUGUUUUCUCAUCGCGUGGGAUCUCAAAAUCUUCGACAGAGCAGAUCUUACUUCUCUCUCUCACUCUCUCUGUAAGGCGAAGCCGUUACAAUAGAUUCACACGGGGGUCCGUCUUCGAAGCAAAAUCUUGGGCUUUUCUGUCGGCUUUUACAGUGGAUGUGGGUCUUUUAAACGUCGUGGUGGCUUUCAGCUGGGCUUGGCAUGGUAGAGAUCAAGCCUGGCUCCUUGACCCAUCGACUGAUUAAUUUUUUCAUAAAUAGAAAUAUGAACACACCGAACAUUUAAAUUUUUCUCUUAUAUAUUUACUUUUUCGAGAAAGUUCCAUUGUAUGGAUCUAGAAGCAUUUUGAACAACGGUGGGAUUUCAGUCGAUUUUACUUUAUUUGGUGGCCUUGUUUGGAAAAAUUAGUUGAAAAGCUAGCUUGGGUUGUUUAAUAAAGCUUAAAUUAUACUUGCAGCAGAUCAAAGAAGAGGCAUCACUCAUCUUCCAAUAACAGCUUGAGAAGUCUUGAUCCAGUUGAAGAAGAUGCGCCCUUCGGGGCAGACAUGGGGGACAUCAAGCUCCGGAAGGUCUCUGAGAAAGGUCUAACCCCUGAUUUCGGUACGUAGCAGUCUAGCCGUUGACUUGAAUUCCUCUGUUAAAUCCAUAAAUAAUAACAGCCACAUAAUGUAAUAUUUUCGAGAAAUAUUUUGCUUCUUACGGAGCUAGCAAUUUGACAAAAAGCAUAUGAUUUCCGAGGUCAACGCGUUAAGAUGCCUUCCAUGAAUCAUAUAACGCGACCAGCCCCAACCUGUAGCAAUUAAUGAUAACAUAGUGCCAUCUAGAGCUGUUGAAGGGUAAGCUCGAGACUCCCCUGGCCCGACUCAAUUUCUUCAAGCACACAAAGAAGACUAAGCCUGACCUAGCCUCUCUCUCUCUCUCUCUCUUGGAGAGGUGGAUUUCAAAAGGGGGUCCGGCCCAGAGGCCAUUAUCUGGGCUUGGGUCUAUCUCAGUCAUUGAUAUACCGUUGAGCAUCCUGACUUGUCCUUUACUUUAGAUUUCAACAGCCCGGAGCUCCUGGAGGAAACUGCACCCGCACAGACCCCACAGCCAGCGAUCUCCGAGCCCACCGUGGACAAAGUCACCGAAUCUAUCCGAACGUGAGUUACGAAUCAUUAUCUCCACGCUUUUACCAUCUCGCGGCAUUCCUCUUGGUGAGCAUCAAAUCCCACAUUUCUCUCUCUCUCUCUCCCUCUCUUUCCCAUUUUGAUGUGCAGGCACCUCAAGACACAUUUUGAGACGCCCGGAGCUCCCCAGUUUGAGUCGCUGAACAUGCUGGCGUUGGGGAUGAACAGGAAGAAAGCUUCUCAGCUUUUCUACCAGACUUGCGGUACCCUCUCUCUCUCUCUCUCUCUAUCUCCCGGAGUUUUUACUAGCUUUCGUCCUUAUCUGUUAUGGAAGAAAAUGCCUGACUCUGCCUGGCCAAAAUCUUCUUCUGGGUCUAAACUCUCUCUCUCUAGGAACAAGUGGGAAAAAACGGGCCGCGUCUGGCCCGAGAGGCAGUGGUGCCAAAGGGCCGGGCUCGGAGAGUAGGCGAUGGGCCCAUUUGUGUGGUCCAUGUCACUCUGUGGGCCACCACCGGCCGCAUCCUCUAACGGUAUCCUCUCCUCUCCUCUCCACAGUUCUUGCUACCUGCGACUUCGUGAAGGUCGAGCAGGAGGUUCCUUACGGCGACAUCGCCAUCUCGAGGGGCGCCAAGAUGUGA